AAGCAAUCGCUGCCUAUCGAUAAACACCCAUCACCAUUUUCCUUUGUCAAAAUAGAAAAGUAAAUAAAUAAAAAUUAGAUUCACCUGCGAAACGAAGCAACCACACACACGGAAAGGCUCAAAUGGACGACGAGGAGACCUCAGAAAUCAAUUCUGUGCAUGGGGAGGAUGCAGAUGUGCAACGGGAGGAAGAUACACACACACAGGGGUUCCAGGAUCAGCAGGUGGAAUCGGUGGAGCAAGCUUGGAACGAUGCAAUAGAGGACGAGCACUCACCGCUGGUGGAAGACGCUUUCGGGGAUCCACUGGCCAUCGAGGAAGACGGGAAUGCGGAUGCACAGCAUGCCAUAAUGGAGGACGCAUUGCAGGACGACACCGCCAGCGAGGGCAGUCAUCCCAGCAGCGACAUGUCCCUGGAGAGUCCAGGAAGUGAGGAUGACUCAGAUUUGGAGCGCCUGCCUCGCUGGAUGAUUCCCCAGAACCGCCUGCGCUCCGCCGUCGAUAUGAUGGUCUCACAGGCUCGCAACCGGGAUGGCGGAAUCGCCGCCCUGCUCAACCGGGACAACUUCCUGCAGCGCGUGCGCAGCAUGGUUUUCAGCCAGGAGCGGCGACGUAGUCGCACCAGCGAGGAUACCAGUCAGGAGGCCACGGAUCAGCCAGACGAUCAUCCGGCGGCGCCACCACCACGUCCGCCGAUAGACAUUGAACUGGAGGAGGGAGUGCGCUUCGACACCAAUCUGGCAGCUGAGCACUCCUACUUCGGCAACCAUCUGAGCCGCGUACCCGGCGUUGACUACUUAGAGGUGGGCAGCACCCACCACAUGCUCAUCUUUCUGCACCAGCACAUCCUGUUUCCCGGCGAGGUUUUACCUUUCAUGAUCGACGGCCGAAUGUUCGACGAAGAUAUGCCCGGCCUGGAUGGCCUGAUCUUCGGCGUGGGCUUUCCUUUAAUGCAACCGCCGGAGGACAACCCCCACAAGCUGUACGGAGUCACUUGCCAAAUCUACGAAAAGGGCGAAAGCGGUCGGGGAUUGGUGUUCUAUAAAUCCCGAGCACUACAGCGCAUUGUCAUCAACUGCGGUGAUAUACAGGGCCCACCGCAGUACAUUGCUCGCAAUCCUACUAGCAAGUGUUUCAGCAAGGUCAAAAUAUUGCCGGAGUACUUCCUGCCGGAACCACUUCAAUCCGUUGAUAUGGGCUCGAUGGCCAGAUUUCGGGAUAUUCCCUCGAUGCGCGACAAAUACCAGAGGUUCCAGCUGGCCACUACUCCCUGGCCGGCUGUAGCCUGUCAAGAGUAUUCCUUCGCUGCCAUUGUGGAGAGCGCUCGCCAGAGGCUAGAGACCCAGAAGAUAGACACCAUGCCAAAAUGCCCCAUUCAGUUGUCUUUCUGGCUGGUGCGGAACCUCCACCUGACCGAAAAGAUGAUGCGUCUGACCUUUCUCACGGACUCGGUCAACACUCGCCUCCAAUUGAUUAAGAGCACGUUCCAGGACGAGUCGCUAUUCUUCUGCCGGUAUUGCAAUAGCAGCCUGGCCCACUGCUCGGAUCUCUUUGCCAUGUCCAAGCACGGUGUGCAGACACAGUACUGCAAUCCAGAGGGCUACAUCCACGAGACGAACACCGUGUACAGAGUGAUGUCCCACGCCAUCGGCUACAGCGGCGAGCCGUCCACCAAGUUUAGCUGGUUCCCCGGCUACCAGUGGCACAUUAUCCUGUGCAAAUUCUGUGCCCAACACGUCGGCUGGGAGUUCAAAGCGGUGCAGCCCAACCUGACUCCCAGAUUGUUCUUCGGCUUGGCCGGCUCAAGUGUGCGAAUUGGGAAGGCCAGCGAAAAUACACCGGUUAAUGGCAGCACGUAUGUGGUGCGCAACAUGCUGCGGCUGAUCUCCAACGAGAUGGAAUGAGGCUGGCGCGUUGUGAAGCGAUUCAGCUGCCAACUCUGCUGCUGGCGUCGUCCGGAGAACAAUGCAGUCCACCAAAGGGGGCCUGUUUAAUUCGUUUCACAACCACAUUUUAGCAGAACACACGGCGAUUUAGGGCGUGGAUGUAAACCGAAAGAUUGAUCUACAUAUGAAUGCAUAUAUGUUCUUUAGUUGAAGUAAAUUAUACCUAAUUGAUAUUUAA